AUGCACGUACCGCUGGUGACGUCACCGGCGCAAGAGACGUACCAGCUGCUGGAGCUGCCGCCCGAGUUGGAGGCGCACAUCGAAGCGGGGCCUGCGACGCUGCACUUCCUGGGGCGUCUCUCGGACGAGGCCGUCUUGGUGACGCAGGACGCGACGUAUGCCGUGCGCCAGGUGCUCCAAAGCAACAGCCGUUUGCUGUGCUCGGUGGAGACGGCGCUCGACGGCGACGUGCAGCUGCGUCUUCGCGAGAAUGUGCGCGAGACACUCGAGGUCGUGCGCACGAGUGCGUUGCUCGAUCGCUUGGCUACGCUGCUGCAGGACGACAUGUACAUGGGCCCCGCCGACGAGGUCGAGCAGCGGCACUACACGCCCGCGGAAGUAAAGUCGAUCGUGCAGGCGAGCGAGGCGGAACUGCUCGAGGGACGCCGGACCUACCACAUUCUCGAGCUCGAUGGCUUUUGGCGCCGCGUCGCGCCUGACGUCGUGCUCGACCUCCUGCGCUCCCUCCUCGCCCACCUCGACAUAUUCGCAUGCUCGCCCGACCGUGUGCCGUUCGCCCGCAUGUGUGAUGCGCUCGCGCCGCGUGCAUGCCGCGCCGUCGCUCAGGCCGUCGUGGGCGACUGGUUCUGUGCGAGCGUGCCGAGGUCCCUCGACACGCCACCCGCGUACGUGAGCCUCGCGCGCGCUUCGAUCGUGCAGUUCAUGGGACGGCAUGUGCUGCAGACCCACAAGCGCAUGCCGCUCCGGGCCUUUUUGGAUGCAUGGCACCAACAAGUCGGGCAGGCUCUGCAGGCCGACGUGCAAUUGACAUUGCUGCAGGGACACUAUCUCCUAUACCCACCCCCCGCCACCAUGACAGAAUCGAGCCCACACACCCCCCUGCCGCCCACGCCCGCGGCGCUCGCGCUCGCCGACACAAUGACCAUCCAGUCUUUUUCUCAUACGUGGCUACCGACAGCCCCCGCCCAGCGCUUCCAAGAGCUCUUUCUGAUGCGCCCGCAGUGGAUACGAGAAGAGCUCGUGCCCUUCAUUGCGCCGCUCGCAACGAGCCCCAGUGGUAUCGAGAGCCUCUUGCUCAAGCACGGCCGGAGUCUGCGCGCGCGCUGGAGCUCGACGCAUGCACAGGUGCUCUUGCACGGCCAGCUCACGCCACCCGCCUCAUCCGCCCCCGUGCCGUGCACGCUGUACCAGGCACGCGUCAAGUAUGCGUAA